AUGUCGCUUUGGGUACCCCAUACACUUGAUAAAGCCGACGAGCAUCUAUCCCAACGCCAUGCUGCUUCACCCACGGCUAAACAAGAUCGAGAUCGUGUUCUGAUACGCAGCAUGUCCACCGUUUCGCGGCAUCGACCAAUGCAUUACUUAUUCUGCAUGUGUGCACAGCAGCAUGUAUCCAUCGUCGCAUUAAAUAACAUCGGUUAG